UUGAUGUAAACAGAACGGGACCACCCAUGUACCUAUGACAUGACGAACAUAACGUGCCAAUUGCUUCAUAACAAAAUAAAUUGCAAUGGCACAAUAUUUGUGGAAGAAGAGGAACCGCUCACAUACAACGAUGAAUGGUUUUGGAUAUAUCUGGGCAUUUACGUGGGUCUUGUUUUAGUUGCAGGGCUGAUGUCAGGAUUAACUAUGGGUCUUCUCUCCCUGGAUCUAAUGACCCUUAAAAUAAUGAAGGAAGGGGGAACACAAAAACAGCAGAAACAGGCCAAGAAGAUCCUCCCCAUUGUGAAGAAACAUCACCUCCUCCUGGUAACCUUACUGCUGGCCAAUGCUGCUGCCGUGGAAGCCAUGCCAAUCUUCUUAGAUAGAAUCUCUAGUCCUGUGAUAGCCAUUCUUGUAUCUGUCACUGCUGUACUAAUAUUUGGCGAGGUUGUUCCACAAGCAAUAUGUACCAGAUUUGGACUGGCUAUAGGAGCAACAUUAGCCCCAAUUGUCUAUGUGCUGAUGGCCCUCCUAUUUAUAGUGGCCUGGCCAUUGUCCAAGCUUUUAGACUGUGUUCUUGGUGAAGACCAUGGGACUUUUUUCCGUCGAGCCCAGCUCAAAGUUCUUGUAGAUCUGCAUGGUCCCAAUUCUGAAGCCAAUAUACAUCACACACAAGAUGAAGAGGAUGAUGAACCGCUGACCAUUGAUGAAGUUUUAAUUAUUAAGGGUGCCCUUGACAUGAAGAAUAAAACAGUGAAGGAUGCCAUGCUGCCCCUUUGUGAUGUGUUUAUGGUUGAUGCUGAUGCAGUGAUGGACAAAUCUACUAUGUCUAAGAUUCUCCAUCAAGCUCACUCUCGAGUUCCUGUUUAUGAACAUCAUGCCAGUAAUGUGGUAGGCCUCCUACUGGUAAAAAACUACAUCAUGUUAAACCCAGAGGACAAAACCCCAGUCCGAGAACUCCUGAAGAAUGAAUGCACUGGAAACCUGUUGCACGUCAAUGACGACAUGCCUCUGUAUGAUCUAUUAAACAUGUUCCAAACAGGAAAAAGUCACUUAGCAUUUGUGAGAAAACACACACAAGUAACAGAGACAGAUGAAGGAUAUGAAGUGGAAUGUCUACCAGAGUCAAACGAGAUCAUUGGAAUAAUAACCUUGGAGGAUGUCAUAGAGGAAUUAAUUCAGGAGGAGAUAAUCGAUGAGACAGACGUUUACGUAGAUAUACACCAAAGAAUACAGGUCGCCAGGGCAAAGUCCGCUAGGAGAAAUAUGCUUAUUCGACUACACUCCCGCGAACAUGACAGGAGUAAUCUCCCCUCUGCCAGUACUGAGUUAGAUGAUUUAGCCUGUCAGGCGAUGAUAAAAAGUAAAUCACAGCCGGCCUUGAAGAGGUCCCCCAUAAAGAGGAUGGUGUCAGGGUCCCUCCCAGAGGACAGCAACAUGCACCCCCCACAGGAAGACGAUGACCAAGCUCCUCUUCUACGCAGUGUGGUCUUCACCUGAACGCAACUACUGUACAAACUUCCAACUACAUUAUACUGUAGAACUUCUGAUCUACUGAUCAAGUUCUUCUUCUACAGCCUGGUUUUCACCUGUACAGAACUACUGUAGAUAGUUCCUCACAUAUAGAUCAAUAUUAUACUGUAAAAAUUCCUUUUGUUGAUGUAAUUUACAGUAAAACUUCUUGGUGCAUUAUUUAAUUGGUGUUUAAGUUACAUGUAAUUGCCAUGAAGACCUAGAUGGCUAUGUAUUUAUGCAGAUAUAGAUAAGUGUAAGAUUCCCUUACUCAGUUCUAAAUAGCUGUAAUCACCUUCAUAUUGUAUAUUACAAUCAUUCAGAAUAGAUAUAAAUUACUGUAAAGCAUCUUUAUUGAGUACUAGAAAGCUGUAGACAUUCCUUAUACUGAUUUUGAUUACAGUAAACUUUUUUAGAACUUUUAAUUGUUGUAAAACUUCUCUUAAUUCAGAGUCUUUUAGGUCAAUGCAACAUUUUAUUUAGAUAAUAGAUUUCUUGAGACAGAGUGAAAUAAGUGCAAAAUUGUUUUUAUACAACUUAUGAAUGUAAAAAUUAUAUUUACAAUAUUUAACUGUGAUAAUUAGACAUAAUAUAAAAGCAACCAUCAUUAUUGUUCUUAUGUCUGAUUUUCACUACCGGUAUUUUGAAAUCUGAUUUGUACAAUUUAAACAGAUUAAGGGGCCACAAUUGCAAAUGUAAACAUGACUUUGUUCUUUUUUUCUUUUUAUCUGCAUGUGUAUUUCCUUUUAUAUCUAUAUGUAUGGAUUAUAUAUCAACAUAUGAAGAGUUCAUACAUGUAUUAUCAAGAUGGUUACAAAUUUAUAAGUACUUAUGAGUUCUACAAACUUUGUUUUCAUUAUUUUUAAAUUACUGGGUGUACUUUUUCUAUUUAUAUAUAUCCUUAUUAUUUUUAGUGCCAAUAUUUGUU